ACGGAACAUGAGCGGUAUGGAGACCAUUUCUGCAGGCUGGAUCAUCUGCAAUAGCUGGGCGGGAAUCGCAGCUACCUUUGCCCUAGCAAUCGCACAAGGUGGCCCAGUCACAUUAAUCUAUGGACCUAUCGCCAUGUGUGUGCUGGUUGGCGCUUGCGCAGUAUCGCUAGCAGAACUCGCGAGUGUGUACCCUACGGCUGGUGGGCAGUACCAUUGGGUUUCGAUUUUGGCUUCUGAGAAGUGGAGUAGAGAACUGAGCUACUGUUGUGGAGCGACCAAUGUCUUCUCUUGGAUCGCAAUCUGUGCUGGCAUUGCCAUCAUCGUCCCCCAGCUGUGUCUCGGUAUAGCAGUGUUCUGGAACCCGACUUAUGUCCCGCAGGCAUGGCAUGCGUUUCUGGUGUAUCAGGCAGCCAACGUGCUCGUCUUGGUGUACAACAUCUAUCUGCUUCGACGGACUAUGUGGGUACAUGACCUGGCUUUCUUUGUGUCGAUUGGCAGUUUCCUCGUCAUCGUCAUAACAUGCCUCGCUCGUACCGCACCAAGCUUUCAGUCCACAGAGUCCGUGUGGACGACAUUCCUCAACGAGAGUGGCUGGUCCAACGGCAUCGCCUUCCUCACAGGUCUCGUUUCGCCAAACUAUAUGUACGCCGGUAUCGACGGAGCAGUACAUCUGGCUGAAGAGUGCAAGAACCCAGGGGUGGUCGUGCCGCGAGCUCUGAUGAGCACCGUGUCCAUCGGCUUUAUCACGUCCUUCAUCUUUGCAAUCAUAAUGAUGUAUUGCACAAGCGAUCUGGAGGCUGUGGUGUCCACAGCAACAGGUGUACCUGUAUUCGAAAUUUGGCGUCAAGCAACCCAAUCAGACGUUGCAGCCACGGUGUUCCUUGUCCUACUCCUUCUAGCUGCCGUGUUCGCACUAAACGCCACACACCAAACAGCGUCUCGCUUGACCUGGUCCUUUGCACGCGACGACGCGCUAUUCGGCAGCCGCUGGCUCGGUAGGAUCAAUGAGAAGCAAAAAGUCCCCAUAGCUGCCUUGCUCUUCAACUUCGCCAUCAUGUUUAUCAUUGGCUGCAUUUAUCUCGGCUCGACAUCAGCGUUCAAUGCGUUCAUCGGCACAGGUCUGAUCCUACAACACGGUACAUACGCAUUCCCAGCUGCGCUUUUGAUGAUGCGAAAGCGAUCUGUGAAGUGGCUGCCAGAGUCGCGCUCCUUUAGGAUGCCAUCAGUUGUGGGAUGGGCAGCGAACUUGACGACUGUGGGGUUUGCAGUUUUAGUCCUGGUAUUCUACGACUUCCCAACUGUUAUACCAGUAACAGGAACAAGCAUGAAUUAUGCGUCGGCGGUGAUUGGCGUGAUGGCGAUGUUCACAGUCGUUAACUGGUUCGGACAUGCACGUAAGCAUUUCCACGGGCCUCGGUUACAGGUGUUGAUGGAGUGACAUGGUAUUACGUGCGACUUGUCAAACAGUAAUGAAG